AUGAGAUGUGGGAAGGGAGGGGAGGAAAGUGACGAUGAUGUAGAAGCCGAGGUAUGGCCGCUUGUAGGAAGCGGAGUACCCCACAUUCUUCUGCAACGUGAUGAAGCGGUCUCUGACCGAGAAAACGAUGAGGGAGUGCAUGGAGGGCUGGAGACAAGGGAGGCAGAAUCGGCGCGUCCGGGAGGGCAGGAGGUAGAGUCGGAGAGUCAGGAAGGGUUGGAUGAAGAGUUGGUUGAGCCGGGAGGGCAGGAGGUAGAAUCGGAGACACUUCCCCCUGCGACGCACGUACCAUCUAAUCGUCGUGCGCGGCGUGAGCUUGCUAGUAACAACACUGCUGCGAAUCAGAAUGAUGAAGUUAGAGGUGGCAGAACCCGUGCGCAUACUCGGGCCGUACACCAGCAGAGCGUAUCCGGUCUCAUGGCCACUUCAGGACCUAUCUCCGCAUCUGAAAUUGUAGAAGCACGCUUAGUGGAGCAGAGAGCGUCUGAUACUAUGGAACUGCCGAGAGAGCUCAUUCAGGCUGUAGAGACAGAGCCUGGUAGCUACCGAGAAGCCCGCCAGUCAAAGCAUGCCGUGAUUUGGGACAAAGCCACGUCUGCAGAGUUUGAAGGCUUGUUAAGAGCAGGAACGUUCGCGUUAGCAGUAAAGACCCCGAUAGACUGUAACGUGAUAGAUGCUAGAUGGGUCUACAAAUGGGAAGCAGACGAAACAGGCAAGAUAGUGAAGGCCAAGGCUAGGCUUGUAGCGAAGGGCUUCAAGCAGAAGCAUGGUGUGGAUUAUCUUGAGACUUUCUCGCCUACUGCAAAUGCUGCAUCGAUUCGUUUGCUGGUAGCAUUGGCGUGCAAGUACAACUUGGAAUUACUCCACUUUGACAUUGAGCAAGCGUUUGUUCAGUCGGAAUUGGAUCAUGAGGUGUUCAUGAAGUUGCCUCCUGUCGUCCGUUUAACAAGAGUUUGGAUGGACUGAGACAGGCAUCUCGAACAUUUCACAAGAUAUUAGUGUCGGACCUGAAGGCAAUUGGUUUUGAGCAGUCUCUGUCUGACCCGUGUGUUCUCCGUUUCAUAAUGGGGGACGAAGUGAUGGGUAUGGUUGCGAUUCAUGUGGAUGACGUUCUGUAUGCAGGAAUUAAGAGGCUUGCCAAGAUGGUUGUGGA